AUGCUAAACUCGGGUACUACUGCUUGCAAGAUUCUAAAAUCCUUCUUGUCGUCAUCAAAUCGUGUAAUCCAUCAUCAACAUUUAAUAUCACAAUACGGGUCAUGGAAGUCAAUGUUCUUCUUUCACACUUCGAUCACGACAAGCUUUUAUUGGCAAAUUCCUUCCGAUAUUAAAUUAGACGGAAAAGUUUCAAGAGCACAAGGAAGUAGUAACAAACCAAAACAUCAUGACGAAUCUGUAUUGUUCGAAGAUGCCAAAAAUCUACCACAAAAACGAAAUGAAUUUGACAAGUGGCAGUCAAAGGAAAUAUCAGCCACCAAGGAUCUUUCAAAAACGCUUCAACAAUCAACAACAAAAGAAACAUUCCUUCAAAACAAUCAACAACUAUUUGACGCUCUCAUUCAACACAUCAAUUGCAUGUUAUUGGCUCCUAACGCAAAAAGCAUGAUACACUUUUAUGAAAAAUUGGAACACGUCUUUGAUUCUAUUCGUGACACUUUACAACAAUUGAAUGAUCCAGAAUUCCAAAACUCAAUUUCACAGGAAUGGAUCAAAAAAUUUAGAGAUUUACAAAUUCAACCUGAUCAAUCCUAUGUUGGUUUUAUUGGACUUGGACGUUUUUAUUUAAUGUUGGGCCAAUUCGAACAAGCAAAAUCUGUGUUCCUCACUCUCAAUUUAAUUGACAAUCAAAUGGGCAUUGAAAAAGGAGGUACUGGUCACACGGACUAUCCAGCACUCUAUUUUUCGUUUGUGUACUUGAUCAGAAUUUACCAUGAAUUGAAACAAUGGGAAAAAGUAGAUGGUUGUCGAAGAGCUAUUCUGGACAUUGAGGGAGGUGGUAGUAGUCAAGGAGUGAUUUCUCCCUUAUUAGAAAAAUAUUAUCCAGAAAAUAUUAUCAUCAACAAAUGA